GUCGAAAUGCAUGCAUGCUCAACCGAAAUGUUCUAUCUCAAUAUCCUGAGGUGCCCCCAAACUGUUUUGCACGUUUUUUUGGCACAAUAUGAUACAUUUUCUUUCAAUCCCGGGCCAGCGAACGCCGAAAUAUGAAGGACACUCCUGUUUAUUGAAUCCGUUCUUCUGAAUUGGUCGCUUAGAGCUCGAAGAAUCACACUAGCGGUUCAACUAUCUGAUCAAUAGAGCUACCGAAUAAUCUACAACCCUUUGUCGCACGGCACAUCGGAACAAUUUCCCCUGAAGACUGCGCAGACCAUCGUUCGCGGUAGCAAGUCUCGGAAGUUAGACUUGCCCCUCGAAAACACUGGGUGACUGCCUAUUCAAGAACCCACUCGUUGUACAUGUUCAAAGGGCGUACGAGUCGGGUGUGAUUGAGAGAAAUCGUAGAAGAUGACUGCAGGCUUUGCUGCCGAACGUUGAACGUUGAGCCCCCAAAUGGGAAGGAUUCCGGUCUAUGAUAUCUCUUGAGACAGCCGCACAACUCACGCACACUCAGGUUUUUUUGCCUUAGGAGAUUGGGAAAAGGAGCCAAAAUGCGAUUAUAAAAAGCGCCGCGAAACCUGGAAAUUUCCUCAGCGAUUGCAUCGUUCUCCAUUCGCCUCUCUUAUUUGCGUUACAAGGCUGAGCCUUUGUCGAUCUCCACCCAACUCUUUUACCAUCAAGCUCAACAGCUUUUCAUUCGUUAUCCAUGGCCAAGUUCACGUUACUCCUCACUCUCCUCUCCGUUAACCUUGCCUCUGCCUUCUACGUCCCUCGUGCAGCUCCCGGUACCCAAUUCAUCACCGGUCCAUGCAGCGUCGACGCUGAAUGUGCAUCUGGUUGUUGUGCUUUCAACACCGGUAAAUGCGCCGGUGCUGUCAUCGCUCUCACUCGUGAUGGUGGAUGCGGUCACGGAAACGGUCAAUCCAACAGUAGAGCUGCUGGUGUCCUUCGGGGCAACUGCCCCGGUACCUCUGUCAAACGUGAUGUUGACGAAGCAGUCGCAAUCUCGCCUAGGACACCUCUCUCCCCGGAUGCAGCUGGUGUUGUUCAUAUCGGAAAUGGUCGGGGAGAGCAGUUCAUCACUGGGCAAUGUUUAUCGAACGCCGAUUGUGCUUCGGGAUGUUGCGCUACGCUCGGUGAGAUUGACAUCUGCUCCGGCCCUGCUGUCGCCAACGAACAAGGCAAGUCCGGCUGUGGUUUCAGCGGAAGUGGUACACCUCCCGCUACGAACAAAGCUGUCAACCCGGAAAGCCAGAACAACCAAGAAGAGACUUCAUCACCUCCUCCCUCUGCACCUUUCGAUGGACCUGCUACAGCUGGAAAUGCCGGUAUUGGUGCCAACUGCGGUCGUGACUCCGACUGCACGACUGCAUGCUGCGGAUUUAACACUGGAAAAUGCGCGCUCGCUAAAUUUGCUCCUGGGAGUGAUGGCGGAUGUGGUAGGGGUGAGGGUGCGCCUAAUAACAAGGCUGCGAAUGUCAUCAAUGGCAAUGCACCCAUUUGUUAG